CCAGACAGGAUUCGCUACGUGGCAGCCUUUGUUUUAACCAGGUCCCAAACCUCUGGUCCCAAACCUCUGGAGACUAGGCCCAGAAAACACCGGGAAAAGUUUCAGAACAGGAGGUUGUAGCCAUUAUCUUAAGUUUUCCACUCCAGAAACUUUCAUCCGCGUGUUUCUCCGACAACGACGGUACCAAAGAAGUCUACUGUGUCUACAGAAGUCGUGUAAAGGCGCUCACACAGUCGGUAAAAGCAGCGAUGUCCCGUCUUGCGGUCGGUGUUCUUGUUCUAGCGGCCGCCGGGCUAUUGAGCCACCGCCCGGUCCUCGCAGACGAUUCUCACGAAGAAGGCGAUGCUCCUCACGACGAAGAGGAGCACGGACACCAGCACAUACACGAAUGUCCGGAGGGUUACGAAGAGUUCGAAGGGUAUUGUUACUACUUCUCGGACACGACGGCGACUUUCUCCGAGGCCGCCGCUCAGUGCGAGGCGAUGGACGGCCGCCUGGCCGCGCCCGACUGUCAUGACGAGCACGCUGCCGAGUUCUUCUACAGAGCAGUGGCGUGGAUCAGUGCAGAUACAGAGACAGACUGCGGCACAGGACAACCAAUAGAGUCCGAACUACCAUUCAUCUGUAUGCACGCACCAACCUGCGACGAUCCGCCUUUCAUGAACAACACCGUCAGGUUCAACUGCGAGCCCCCCUACGACCAGCAGGAGGUCUGCGUCUACUCAUGCAUCACGCCGGGGUUCCACUUGUUCGAGGGGACCAACUCCUCCUCCACGGCCACGUGUUUGGACGGGAACUGGCACGGGCCCUUCAUGUCAUGCAACUCGGAUUGCCCGGAGCCAAUUGUGAACCCGGGGGUCGCCAUGAUGGGACCAAGCUGCGAAGCACCCUACAUCACCGGAGACAUGUGCUUCUUCGAAUGCCUAGAUGAGGAAGGACUGAACAUCGGCGACCACGACAUGUCGUGUUUUGAUGGCGUAUGGAUCCAUGCAGACACAGAUACGGAAGGGACCCCCCUCAUCUGUGAAUAGUGCGUGAGAAGACCAGCCGGAUCAGCACACCUGGUGAGACUGUCGGAAUCUCCUCUCCGUGUAGAACAGCGGUACGAGACCAACACCGCCUGAACCGUCACACUGGCGAUCUGACAUGGAGUAAACUUAGUCUCAGAACAUGGAGAAAACUUAGUCUCAGAACAUGGAGAAAACUUAGUCUCAGAACAUGGAGAAAACUUAGUCUCAGAACAUGGAGAAAACUUAGACUCAGAACAUGGAGAAAACUUAGUCUCAGAACAUGGAGAAAACUUAGUCUCAGAACAUGGAGAAAACUUACUAGUAGUCUCAGAACAUGGAGAAAACUUACUAGUAGUCUCAGAACAUGGAGAAAACUUACUAGUAGUUUCAGAACAUGGAGAAAACUUAGUCUCAGAACAUGGAGAAAACUUAGUCUCAGAACAUGGAGAAAACUUAGUCUCAGAACAUGGAGAAAACUUAGUCUCAGAACAUGGAGAAAACUUAGUCUCAGAACAUGGAGAAAACUUAGUCUCAGUACAUGGAGAAAACUUAGUCUCAGAACAUGGAGAAACUUAGUCUCAGAACAUGGAGAAAACUUAGUCUCAGAACAUGGAGAAAACUUAGUCUCAGAACAUGGAGAAAACUUAGUCUCAGAACAUGGAGAAAACUUAGUCUCAGAACAUGGAGAAAACUUAGUCUCAGAACAUGGAGAAAACUUAGUCUCAGAACAUGGAGAAAACUUAGUCUCAGAACAUGGAGAAAACUUAGUCUCAGAACAUGGAGAAAACUUAGUCUCAGAACAUGGAGAAAACUUAGUCUCAGAACAUGGAGAAAACUUAGUCUCAGAACAUGGAGAAACUUAGUCUCAACUCAUGGAUGUACUGAUGGAUUUAAUACCCGUGCAGUCCUUCUGAAGUUGUAGAAACGUUUUGUUGUCCAAAUGCACAACAAAAAUGACCAAGAUGGUUAACAUUGCUCACAGAUGUAAUGUGAGGUCAAGCCUUAGACUGGCAAAUUAGUCAUUAAACUGCCAGGGAAU